AUGCCAACAGAAGACGGCAUCCCACAUAGUUCAUCUCCGGAACACGUAUCUAGUCCCAGCAACAGCAUCGAUGGAAGAGGCUUUGUCGAGACGAUCCAAUGGGAUGAAGACGACCCGGCCCAUCCUUUCAAGAGAGGUUUAACGACGAGAUGGCUGACUGUUGUUAUUAUAUCUCUUUGCUCACUUUGUGUCGCUUGCACAUCUUCCAUAUAUACUACGACCUACGAUCAACUUCUGGAUGAGUUCCAUUGUUCACAAGAAGUUGCAACGCUAGGGCUAUCACUUUUUGUUUUCGGCAUGGGGUUUGGGCCGCUGAUAUUAGGCCCUUUAUCCGAGCUGUAUGGGCGGAGAGUCAUCUUUUUGAGCUCUUUUACUUUCUUCCUCAUUUGGCUGAUUCCAUGUGCAGUCGCGAGGAAUAUACAAACACUACUCAUUUCUCGGUUCUUCAAUGGUUUUUCAGGCAGUGCCUUCCUCAGCGUUGCUGGAGGUGCAGUUGGAGAUAUGUUUCCUCGGCAUCAACUGGCUGCUCCUAUGAUGGUAUAUACUGCAAGUCCCUUUGUUGGACCUGAGCUUGGGCCUCUCUUGGGUGGCUUUAUAAACCAGUAUACAAAUUGGCGCUGGACUUUUUAUACCUUACUAUUCUGGGCCGCCACGAUGUUAGUUUCGAUAUACUUAUUCGUGCCCGAAACCCAUCAUCCAGCAAUUCUAACGCAAAAGGCACGAAAAGUCAGAAAGCAAACGGGGAACUCAUGGCCGUUAGGACCAAGCGAGAAUAGCAACGUACCUGUGAGCGAACUUAUCCUCCGCUCUAUCGUCCGGCCCGUCAAGCUUCUGACGUUGGAGCCUAUGUGCCUGAAUCUAUGUAUAUACUCUGCACUUCUGCUGGGCAUACUUUAUCUUUUCUUUGGUGCAUUUCAGACCGUUUUCAAGUCUGUAUAUGGGUUCGAGUUAUGGCAGAGAGGACUCACAUUUCUGGGUCUUCUCGUCGGGAUGGUGUUGGCCAUUCUCUCCGACCCAUUUUGGCGUCAAAACUAUCAGCGUCUGGAAAGAGACCAUCAUGCUCGAGAUCCGGAAGCAUCUGGGUUCGACCCAGAAUGGAGACUUCCUCCAGCUAUAGCAGGAGCACCAUUAGUAACAAUUGGGCUUUUUAUAUUCUCAUGGACGAUUUAUCCGGGCAUUCACUGGAUAGUGCCGUUGAUCGGAAGUGCGCUUUUCGGAGCUGGGACAAUCCUGGUUUACUCUGGCAUCUUCACCUUCCUCGUCGAAGCCUACCCUCGUUACGCGGCCAGCGCCUUAGCGGCAAACAGCUUUACCAGGUCGACAUUCGCAGGAGCUUUCCCAUUGUUCGGGACUCAGAUGUACAACAAAUUAGGGCUAAAUUGGGCUUCGUGUCUACUCGCAUUUCUUACUUUGGCGAUGGUGCCGUUUCCGUACAUCUUCUAUAGGUAUGGGGCUCGGAUUCGGAAGAAGAGCCGGUUUAGCUCUUAG